UUUUGUUUUUCUCAUCAAUAUUUUUGCUUUCUCUUGUCUUUAAGAUAUGAUUUUUAGUCACCAUAUUGGUGAAAAAACUUGCUCAUUUGCUGCUUCAAUAUUUAAAGCAUAGUUUAUACUUUGUCGUUGUUAUAUUGUCAUCAUUUAUAUCACUUCCUGGUUAGGUAUAUUUAAAUUUAUCGCAUGACUCAUAUUCCUCAGCGAAUUCAGCUACUAUCUAUCGUGACUUGGUGGUGACGUAAUUGUUUUAUGAAUCGUGUAUAAGCUUCCCAGCUUGAUCGAGACCUGCUGUUGAUGGCAUAAACAAAAGGUAGCAAUCUGCGCAUACAGCAUUACGCAUUGUAUUGAGAUACAGAAUACGAUAGCCAAUCAGAUCACUUGAACGCCAUCCGAUAAAACAGAAGUCACUCAAGCGUCGCGGGCAUUUGAAAAUCUUUUGAUAUCGCGCGUGGCUGCUCUUUAGGAGUGCUUUUGGACAGCAGUCUUCUCUCGCAUGAACACCGCAGACCACUUGGACUGUUUUUUGCAAGUUGAUAAGAGAUUUUGAAAUACGCGGUAUUCGUCAAUCCAGCAAAACAGUACUUGCAACCAGCUAGCAUGCUGUAUGACGAAGGACUUGACUACGAGCAGUGCCACAAUUUGCCUGUCGCAGCUGAAAGAUUCUACGAGGAUAUUCUUACCCCAAACGGAAUGUCUGGUGAAGAUCUAUGGAAGAAACCCCCCAUGAGCGUUGGGCUGCCAACACCACCUUCUACCCCAGAGAAAAGCUCCUUAAGGCUUCGUGGAAGUCUCAAACUUAUAGACACGAACGCUCUCAAUAUGCAUCUAUACAACAGCCCAGUUCACCAGAGCCCCAAUAACAAUUUACAAGUUGUUCCUGACGCAAUCACUGGUGAAGAUGUUCAGGAUUUUAUACCUUUUCUGACAGAUCUUGGAAACCGCAGCAUGGCGUCGCCCAACUUUUUCGACACUGCUGUAAGUCAGGGACAGUGUAAUUCACAGACUAAACGAAGUCCACCACCAUGCACUCCAUCAGAAUCUAUCGUUCAUUCACCAUCAUUUCAAGCAGAGCAGAAUAACCAUUGUGGAUUUCAAGACCCAGAUCAAAGUUUCACACACAACGGUUGCCUCUUCUCUGAUGUUACAACUGAAGGUUCCUUCUCGAUCACGACGUACAGAGACAUCCAAGCAGGAAGUGGCACAACCACAGUGCCAACUUGCAUCUCAAGUAUGCGUGAGACAGUGGUGCCAGAAUGCAUGCUCUCCCCUGUUUCUCCAUCAAAGCCAUUGAAAAGAUCGUACAGCGCUAUAUCGACGGUACCAAACUCGAUGCAGCGAAACCCAAGCAUAAUGAAUUCUCCUGUAGUGAGAAAGCUUGACUUUUUGGACGAUUUAACGCAUAAUUCCGCUCAGAUUGGGCGUAACCAAGUUACGCAAAACAUCGGACAAUUACACCAUAACCAUAAUGUGGGUACAUUAGUACCUAGUGUUGGGGCACACUCGUUGGCAUCGCUGCAGCAGAGUGAUCAGUACCUUCGACAAAUUAAGAUCGAGACUGUAGAAAAUUUUCGCAAAGUCGAUGAUACAGAAAAGAAUGGUGGAGAAACGGAAUUGAGCCGUGCAACACAUAAUGUUUUAGAACGACAAAGGAGGAAUGAUCUAAAGAUGAGAUUUCAUAUUCUUAGAGACAAUCUCCCAGAUUUGAUGAAUAACGAAAAGGCCCCGAAGAUUCAGAUCUUGAAAAAGGCUUACGAGUUCACACAAGAACUUAAAGCGCAAGAGCAGAGACUUUUAGCUGACAAAGAGCUUGAGCGCCAAAGGAAAUUCAUAUUGCUUAGAAGACUCCAUGCUUUGAGGCAAGGAUUCUUCGAUUACUAGCCUCGUUUGUUUGUUGUUAUAGCUUAAAUGCUCCUUGUGGAGAUAUUGAUAAUUUGUAGAACGGUGUGAUGGUUUAUUAGAAAGAAAGGUCCUGGGAAAUUUAAUCAUACUAGAACCAUGCAUGCCAGGGUUAUUAUUAAUAAAUUGAUCAAGACUCAAUUUAUUUUGCAUCGUCUUGAGGGUCACUGCAUUACGAGCAUCAUCUCUAAAUUGUGUCCCUAACGAGACUCACUCUUGGCUUGCUUGGUACUGUUGUUUUUAAACUUUGCGUUGUAACAAUAAUUUUAUCGCUAGAGAUGCGACAAUGCUUAAAUUAAAGCCUGUUCUCAGUGUUGCUGGGAUUAAAUAGCAGGUCUUCUAAGGGGAAGUUGGAUCACAAAGAACACUACAACCUCCGAUUAUCGAAAAAAUACACAUUCCCCCUUUUCUUCAUAAGAUCCCUCCCCCUCUUUACAAAGCCUUAUGCCGCUUAGGCCAACCUUUUCUUCUUUGCUGAAACUGAUCCGGCGUCCCGGAAAACAACCCUUCUACUGAAUCAUCCAUAAGUUUGCAAAUAAAUGCUGCUUUGUUAGCUAACCCGCUUUAUUUUGUUUCCUAAUUUUUGUAUUUUCAGAGACUAGUUUAUUCAUUGGACUUUUAACUUUGUAUGACUUUUGCAAGAUAAACGCUAAUUUAUCGUCAAUGCGUAUUCAGGUUUAUAUGAAAUACGCCACCAAUCGUUAACAGGCGUCAUUUCAUUGAGACUCGCAUCAACCUCUGGACCUUGAAAAGAGAAGCCACACCGUUGUACGAAUCGCUAGCAAGAUUUGCUGACCUCUGUUUAUGCAGAGUUUACAAAAACGUUAUUAAAAUUCCACUGGGAAUUGCAAGGCAUUUUGCCAUUAACCGUGAACACCGAGGCCAAUCAGCUAUCUACAACCUGCUGUUAUCUCAAAGGGACUGGCUGUCUUAAAAAUACCCCCAAAUGUGGAUACCUCCUUUUUUAUUGGUCUCCCAGUUCCAACACGUUCGCUAGUUAAGAACCUUUUUGACUCUAUAUGGAUUGCCUAUUGUAUAGAAACUUAUAGGCACAGAAUCUAUCUUUCUAAGGAUGUUAGUCUUUUGUAAAACAGCAGUUUUUACAAUGGCCUCGGUGUUUCAUAAAUAUCGUUUAUUUACAAUCUAUGUAAUAUUGUACUUUUUGUGUACACCUUUGCAAAGAUAAGCUAUUUGUUUCGUGUUACCGUAUACCAUCCAUGAAGCGUUAACUCCAAACCCACGACUUCCAAAUUCUUUACCUGAAGUAUUUGUCUGAUCUCACAUCUUUUUCCAAAUAUUCCGCUUUUUCUAAAAAAAAUCUUAGCAAGAUUUCUAUAAGUCUUGACGUAUACUAAGGAAAUUGACUGAGUCCUUUGAUUCGUCUGAAUCCUUAACCAAUACAUAAGAAAAACCCCUCAUUCGCUGUUACACAUAUCCUUUUUCCAUAUUUCCAUCUUUUAUAGACUACAAUUUGGUGAUGGGCGUCUACAAUAGUCGUUGUUAAUGUAUUUGUAUGAUAAUUCUGUAUAGUGUGAUUUAUAGAAAUUUGGUAUAAAAUCUGUCAGACAAUAUAUACAUGUUUUAGGCGCUUGUGACGUAAUCGUACUGUUUUCUAGAAACACAAACGUGUUGUACACGAACCCCCACAAUUACUUUUCCAUUUCUCCUUUAAUACCAAUAGGGUGUUGCUUUUUCAGCUAUAGAAAUUUGUUAAAUCCAAUUCUAGGCUAGCUAUUUCUUGGCCUAACUUCCAAUAGUGCCAUUCGAAUACCAUCUAUUUCCAAUUGAUAGUCAUCCUGUUAACGAAUAUCAAACCACAGAGGAAUCAUCUUUUAUAAAAAAAAUUCAAUAAGAGAAGGUAUUUCUGCCACCCUACCCCCCCCCCCAAGUUUCUACUCCUAUUAACAUCGUUUCAAUCUACCCUGUUUUUGUCGCCUCCACAGCUACUCGAAAUACGGUUCUUCGUUUCCUUUUUUCUGUAAAGCAUUCACGUAUGGCUGUAAUUUAGAAACCGUCUUCUUUAUAACUUUGAAAUCGUCAUCCAAUGUCAUGUAAUUUCUCUGAUAUCUACUAGUUUCUAGUUAGCAUUUUAUAAAGGUUUUUUUAAAUUUAUAAAUUUCUUUUUCUAUAAAAUGAAAUGUUAGUCUGUCGA